AUGGGCCAACUGCGUCUGUUGCUCUUGGUCAAGCGGCCUCCGCUUGUCGGUGCUGCUAGGCAGCAGGCUCAACACUCUCAACGACGGUCCCAGACAAUUGUAUGCAUCCGGGAACUUCACAGUAGCCCAAAUUUACUCGCCCAAAUACACCCGGCAGCUGCCAGCAACCUCCCAGCUCAGGUUGACCUCCUGGAGAGAUACCAGUCUCUGACUACCCUCGGAAAGAUCACAUAUCAUGAAGACCAGAUCCGGAUUAUCAUGCAGGGUAUCCUCUUGACCGGGCCUCCCGGCUCUGGGAAGAGUUUUAUCAUAGAUCUCUGGUACAGCACCCUAUCAACGCCCUAUAAAGCUCGCAAACACUACAACCAGCUGGUUCUGGAGAUCUAUCGAAGUGUAUGGGAAGAGACCCAACGGCGUAUGCAUGCACACAACCUGACCAAAGGGCCCUCCACCGACGCCGACGCGACAUUUCACGAAUCGCAAGGCCGUGCACCAUGGAACAGGGUCAUAAAAGAUCAAUGGAAGAAAUUAUUGCUCAAGAACCGAUUGCCGUCCAAAUGGACUCGCCAUGUUCGCUCUUCUAGUGCGUAUGCGGACCCGACGAUCGCAUUCGUAGUCGCCAAACGCCUAGUUCUCCGAUACUGGCUCCUAGUCUUUGACGAAAUCCAGCUUUUGGACGUUUCUAGUGCAGGCUUGCUUUCCGACGUUCUGUCAUGGUACUGGCGUAUGGGUGGAAUCGUUGUUGGUACCUCCAAUAAGGUUCCCGAUGAUCUCUACAAAAAUGGCGUCCAGAAGGAGAGGCUAGAGCCGUUUGUCGAGGCCUUGAAGGCGAGGUGUCCCGUGGUAGAGCUUGACGUCAAGAAGGAUUGGAGAGAAGAGAUGAGCAAGGGUGUGACGGAAGGGUCAAAUGACAAGACUUGGUUCACUAUGAGUCGGAAGGGUGAUUUCGAAUCAUUUAUAGUGCGCUUAGCCAGUGCUCAACCUGGAGAGCCCAAACGUCGUGACCUCAAUGUCUUUGGUCGCAGCGUUCACGUCCCAUGGUCGCACGGCGAAAUUUGUAAAUUCACCUUCGAGGAACUCUGUGAAGAGUCCCUGGGUGCAGCAGACUACCUCACCCUUGCAUCCACAUUCUCCCAUAUCGUCAUUACCGACAUCCCCGUUCUCCCGCUCUCGGCAAAGAACCAAGCACGCCGCUUCAUCUCGCUCAUUGACGCGCUCUAUGAAUCCCGAUGCAAACUGGUUUGCCUGGCCCACGCACCGCCUGAAUCCAUCUUCUUCCCUAAUUCCUCCGCCUUCGCCGUCACUGCUUCUCUCCUACAAGAUCAUUCGACGGAAGAUCUAAUGUUGGCUGAAAGUGUCGCUGAAUCACAAGAGUACUACAGACCCAACGUCUCAUCGUACGAUGCACCAGAAAUGCAAGUCGAAAUCGCACGAAAUGUCGAGGCUGCCUCCCACUCGCCACGGCAUAAACUCACUGGUGCGAGCCUAAAGGACGGGAACUAUCGUUCGGUUCCUGCAAAUGCCCCACACGCGGUGGCAAACGAGAAACCAGAUCACCUGAAUUGUCACGACAGACACGACUACCGUCAUAGUCCAGGCAGGCCGAACGCACUGACGGAUCUCGAAGACAAAACUGGCCAUGGACGACAAAAGCAGAGACAAAAACCGCGGCACUCCGGUUCGAGGGUGGAAUUUGGUACCCACGACUCUAAUGCGACCACCACCCUUGUCUGGGAUACGCCUUCCGCACUUGGUGAACCACGCUCCGGAGCUUCCAGUUCAGGUUCAGGCUUGAAUUCGAGGUCGUCAAUAAAAGGUUCUAGUUCAGAUAAAAUGAAGGAAGAGCGAACCAGCACUGGAACCAAGGUCGUACCCACAUAUGCAUCGGCCGAGGCGAUGGUCAAUCGGCCCUUUGCACCGCGUAUUAGAGCUGAACAUGUGUGGGGUAUUGCGGACACGACGAUGUCUGAAUCCACCGACUUCGAACCGAGCAAUUCGAGCUGCUCUUCUCCCUCGCCUGCUGGUUCAGGACCGACUCGGUCUACAACGGCGAUGGCGGUCGAAAAAGAAGAGAAGGAGGGACUGCUCGAGGGUGCUAAGAAGCAAGGGCGAUCCGAUUAA